AUGGUUAGGUUUAAAAGAAAAAAGAAUUAUGUAGAGGAGUCUACAGUUUGUGAAGGUGGUGAUGUGGAUCUUUGUGAAGAAGAACGCUCUAAUUUAGAUCGCCUUCUUUUUUCUACUUGA